UUUGGUAUAUUGGGGACUGAGAUGAAGGGAUAUAGCUUUAAUUUCCACUGAAGAAAUUGACUUUGUGUGAGCUUCCGGAUUUGAAACAUGUAUGGGAUAAGGAUUGCAAAGGAAUUCUCAGCUUUAAAAAUCUGCAGGAAGUAAUUGUUACUAAUUGUAGAAAUCUGGAAACUCUGUUUCCUAUGGAGCUGGCUAAAAAAGUUGAGAAGCUUGAGAAGCUUGAAAUAAGCCACUGUGAAAAGUUUCUAAAAAUUGUUGAACAGGAUAAUGCAGCAAUAGAAGCAACAGUAGAAGAAUUUUCAUUUCCUCAUUUGACCUCGCUGAAUCUGCGUAUGUUACCACAACUCACUUGCUUUUAUCCUGGAAGUUUUAGCCUGGAAUGCCCCAACUUAAAUCAUUUAGAGGUGGUGUUUUGUGCUAACUUGGAGACAUUUCAAAGUCAGCAAGAGGCUCAAAGUUCUACAUCAGUCAAUCGACAACCCAUUUUCUCUGAAGGAAAGGCUAUUUUCAUUUUGGAGUCAUUGAAGCUUGAUUGGAAAAACGCUAGGAUGCUAUGUAAUGGAAAAUUUCUGGAAGACAUGCUUCAUAAAUUGGUCGAACUUGAGCUGGAUUUUAUUGAUGUGAAUCAGGUAUCCAAUCUUCCUGUUGAGUUACAUGAGAAGGCAUCUAAUUUAGAAUAUCUUCAAAUAAGCCAAUGUAGAGCCUCUCAACCAGAACAAGGUGAAAUCAGAAUGCAUGAACACUUGAAAACUUUCUUCUUUGUCUGUAAAGAGCUGCAUAAAUUAUGUGUUUCCUCGUGUCAUCAUUUGACAACAUUAGUACAUUCAGCAGUGUCAUUCUGCAAUCUAAAACAACUUUCUGUAAAAGAUUGCCAUGGAUUGAAGCAUUUAUUUACAUCCUCGGCUGCAAGAAAGUUAGUGCACCUUGAAGAGAUGUACAUAGUGCAAUGUGAAUCAAUGGAAGAAAUAUUGGCAGAAGAGCAAGAGGAAACUACUUCAGGAGCAAUAAAAUUUGAGCGACUCAGCACAAUAAUUCUAGAUUCUUUAUCAAGCUUGUUAUGUUUUUAUUCAGGCAGUAGCACUCUGCUAUUAUCAACUCUGAUAAGAGUGCUCAUUUGGAAAUGCCCCAACAUGAAGACUUUCUCCCGAGGAGACAUACAUGCAGAAUCCUUUCUGGGAAUUCAGGGCUCAUUAGAUACAAAGGAAAAAUUGAUCUUCCACCAAGAUCUUAACUCCACUGUGGAGCAGAUGUUCCAACAGCAAGAACUUUUUAAAGCCAUAGACAAGGAGUGUUUUUCUGAUUAUCAUGAGCUAGGAGCAUGCUGGGAUGGUGAAGUUGUUUCGCAAAGUAAAUGGUUGUGCAAUGUGUUAAUUUUGAAGCUGGACAAGUGUACUCUACCAUAUGCAAUUCCAUCUAGUAUUCUUACUUGUUUGAAGAACUUAAGAGAGUUGGAAGUACGGGAUUCUGACAAAGUAAAGGGAAUUUUUGAAGUGAAUGACAUUGAGAUAUUGGAUACAGACUCCCGGCUGAAGAUAUUGACAUUAAUGGGGCUAUCGGAGCUAACACAUGUUUGGGCAAAUAAUAGUCAAGGAGUUCCCUUCUUUCAAAAUUUGCAACAGGUCGUAGUUAAUGGUUGUGAAAACUUGAAAACUUUAUUUCCUGCCUCCUUGGCAAAAAAUCUUAAGGAGCUUGAGAAACUUGAAAUAGUAUCUUGUCGUAAAUUGCAAGAAAUUGUUGAAAAGGAAGAAAGCGCAACAACAAAUGUAAUAGAGAAGUUUGUGUUCCCUCAUUUAAAGAUGUUGAACCUUUAUCACUUGCCACAGGUCACAUACUUUUACCCUCAAACAUUCAGUCUGGAAUGUCCGUCCUUAAAUAACUUAUCUGUGUUGGAUUGUGAUAAACUGGAGUUAUUUCAAAGUGCAUAUUCCAAGAGAGUGGAUGAAGGUAAUGGUACUUCAAUUAACAAACUGCCUCCUAUCUCAUAUUUGAAGGUCGUCUCCAACCUGAAGGAAUUGAAGCUUGAUUGGAAACACAUUUCGACAUUAAGUUUAAUGUUUAGGUCAAGGCAAUUUACUGAAGAUCUCAAACAUUUAAAUAAAAUUUACAUGUUCCUUGAUACUGAUGAGCAUGUGAAGACUAUUUUGCCUGUUGAAAUACUCCAAAAGGCACCAAAUUUAACCGAAGUGAGUAUAGAAUAUUGCAAUAGUCUUGAGAUAUUCUUUGAUGAAAACCACAAAAUAGUUGAGGAUGGGAUGCUUGGACAGUUAAGAAUAUUGACACUAAACAAAGUAUUUGAGCUCCAAUCCAUCAAGUCACAGAUCAUUGAGAAGCUCCACGAAUUAAAUGUUUUUGAAUGUCCUGAUUUGACAUCUUUAAUACAUUUUACUGCUACAGUAUCUUUCUCUUGUCUGAAAAGAGUGUCUAUAUCUAACUGUUCCCAAUUGCAAUAUUUAUUUACAUCAUCAGUGGCAAAAAAGCUAAUGAACCUUGAGGAGAUCACAGUUAAUGAAUGCAAAUCGAUGAAAGAAAUAGUGGCUCAACAAGGAGAUUCAGCACCAGAAGCCAUUAAAUUUGAGCGGCUCAACACCAUUGUUCUCAAUUCUUUACCGAGUCUAAUGUGUUUUUAUUCAGGCAGUGAUACUCUGCAAUUAUCUUAUUUGAUAAAAGUGCAAAUAUGGCAAUGCCCCAAAAUGAAGUAUUUCUCCCAAGGAGCCAUAGAUGCAAAAUCCUUUCAGGGAGUUCAGAUGUCGCUGGAUCCAAAUGAUGAUUUGCUCUUAAACCAAGAUCUUAAUGCCGCUAUUAGAGACAUGAUCCAAUGCCAGGAGUUUUUGGAAGCCUUGCACGAGAGCUAUAUUUUUACACCUUUUCAAUACGGUCUUCUUCCUCCCUUCAAGAACUUAAUAGGAUUUGAAGGACGGCAUAGCUACAAAGCAGAGGAGUCCCAGAAAGCAGCAUUGCAUGGUAAAGUUGGUUCGCAAAACAAAUGGUUGAGCGGUUUGAUAAAUUUGCAGCUCUAUAAGUGUGUUCUACCAUAUGCAAUUCCAUCUGGUAUUCUCCCUCAUUUAAAAAACUUAAAAAAAUUGGAAGUGCUGGAUUGCAACAAAGUAGAGGUAAUUUUUGAUAUGAAUGACACCAAGAUAAUGGAAACAACAUCCCAACUGCAAAUAUUGACUUUAACAAUGCUACCGAAACUGACGCAUGUUUGGGAAAAGAAUAGUCCAAGAGUUCUCUUUCAAAGUCUGCAACAGGUCGUUGUCAGUAGCUGUGAAAACCUGCAAACAUUAUUUCCUGCUUCCCUGGAAAAAAAUCUCAAGGAGCUUGAGAAACUUGAAAUAUUAUCUUGUCUCAAAUUGCAAAAUAUUGUUGAAAAGGAAGAAGGCACAGCAACAAACAUAACUGAAAAGUUUGUGUUCCCUCAUUUAAAGAUGUUGCACCUUUUUCAGUUGCCACAGCUUGCUCACUUUUACCCUCAAACAUUCACUUUGGAAUGUCCCGCCUUAAAUAACUUAUCUGUGUUGAAUUGUGAUAAAUUGGAGUUAUUUCAAAGUGUACAUUCCAAUGGAGAGGGUGAAAGUAGUGCUUCAAUUAACAGACUGCCUCCUAUCUUGUAUUUAAAGGUCUUUUCCAAUAUGGAGGAGUUGAAACUUGAUUGGAAACACAUUUCGGCAUUAAGCUUAAGUUUUAGCUCAGUGCAAUUCACGGAAGAACUCAAAUAUUUAAAUAAAAUGUCCCUGUGCUUUAACGUUGGUAAGAAUGAGAAGCCUAUCUUGCCAGUUGAAAUAUUCCAAAAGGCACCCAACUUAAUGGAAAUGACUGUAACAGAUUGCAAUAGUCCUGGCAUGUUCCUUACUCAAAACCCCAAAUUUAGAGAAGAGGGGAUGCAUGGACAGUUGAAAAUAUUGACACUACAAAGAGUAUCUGAGCUCCAGUCCAUUGAGUCGGAAGAAUCAUCAUGGAUAAACACAAUCAGUGAGAAGCUCUAUGAAUUAAAUGUUCUUCAUUGUGAUCAUUUGACAACAUUAGUACAUCAUACUUCUAUAGUAUCUUUCUCUUGUCUAAAAAAAGUGUCUAUAUCCUACUGUUUUCACUUGCAACAUUUAUUUACAUCAUCAAUGGCAAAAAAGUUAAUGAACCUUGAGGAGAUCACUGUUAAAUAUUGUGAAUCGAUGAAAGAAAUAGUGGCUAAACAGGGAGAUUCAACUUUAGAAGCCAUUAAAUUUGAGCAGCUCAACACCAUCAUUCUACAUUCUUUACCAAGUCUGAUAUGUUUUUAUUCGGGCAGUGAUACUCUCCAAUUAUUGUCUUUGAUAAAAGUGCACACAUGGCAAUGCCCCAGAAUGAAGUAUUUUUCCCAAGGAACCAUAGAUGCAAAAUCCUUUCUGGGAGUUCAACUGUCGCUGGAUCCAAAUGAUGAUUUGCUCUUAAACCAAGAUCUUAAUGCCUCUAUAAGAGAGAUGUUCCAACGGCAGAAUUUUUUUGAAGUCGACGGCAUGCACUAUUUUUCUGAUGAUAUUGAGUUACUAGCAUGGGGGCAUCGUGAUGUUGGUUCGCAAAACAAAUGGUUGAGCAAUUUGGUAACUUUGAAACUGGACAAGUGUACUCAACCUUAUGCAAUUCCAUCCAGUAUUCUUCCUUGUUUAAAGAACUUAGAAGAGUUGGAGGUACGGGAUACUACCAAAGUAGAGGGAAUUUUUGAAAUGAAUGACACAGAGAUAUUGGAGACAGCAUCCAGACUGAAGAUAUUGACUUUAAAAGGGCUAUCGGAGCUGAUGCAUGUAUGGGAAAAGAAUAGUCAAGGAGUUCUCAUCUUUCAGAAUCUGCAACAAGUCGUUGUAAGCAGUUGUAAAAACCUGCAAACUUUAUUUCCUACUUUGUUGGCAAAAAAUCUUAAGGAGCUUGAGAAACUUGAAAUAGAAUCUUGUGAUAAAUUGCAAAAGAUUGUUGAAAUGGAAGAAAGCAUAGCAACACACGAAACAGAAAAGUGUGUGUUCCCUCAUUUAAAGAUGUUGCACCUUUGUCAGUUGCCACAACUUGCUCACUUUUACCCUCAAAUAUUCAGUCUGGAAUGUCCUUCCUUAAAUAACUUGUCUGUGUUGGAUUGUGAUAAGUUGGAGUUAUUUCAAAGUUCACACUCCAAGGGAGAGCGUGAAGGUAGUACCUCACUUAACAAAUUGCCUCCUACCUCAUGUUUAAAGGUCAUUUCCAACCUGAAGGAAUUGAAACUUGAUUGGCAACACAUUUUGGCCUUAAGCUUAAGGUUUAGGUCAGGGCAAUUUACUGAAGGCCUCAAAUAUCUAAAUAAAAUUUCCCUGUUCCUUGACACGGAUGAGAAUGAGAAGCAUUCUUUCCCAUUGAAAUACUCCAAAAGGCACCUAUUUUAACAGAAAUGAGCAUAAAAUA